AUGAAGAAGGUCUUCGACCAGACUGUUAGAGACCUAAAGAGAGAGGUUAACAAGAAAGUGCUUAAAGUUCCUGGUAUAGAACAGAAGGUUCUUGAUGCUACCAGCAAUGAGCCCUGGGGUCCUCAUGGAUCACUACUUGCAGAUAUCGCACAAGCAAGCAGAAACUAUCAUGAGUACCAGAUGAUUAUGUCAGUGAUCUGGAAGCGAAUCAAUGACACAGGCAAGAACUGGCGACAUGUCUACAAGGGGUUGACUGUUUUGGAGUAUCUUGUGGCUCAUGGGUCAGAACGAGUCAUUGAUGACAUAAAGGAACAUGGUUAUCAAAUAUCGACAUUGUCCGAAUUUCAGUAUAUUGACUCCAGUGGGAGGGAUCAGGGCAGCAAUGUCAGAAAGAAAUCUCAAAAUCUUGUGGUUCUCGUGAAUGAUAAAGAAAGGAUUGUUGAAGUCAGGGAGAAAGCUGCUGCGAACCGAGAAAGGUUCCGCAGCCCAUCGGCUGGUGGUAUGUACAGGCCUGGUUCUCAAUCCAGUGGAGGAUAUGCCGAACGGUACGAUGAUGAUCGCUACGAGGGACGCUAUGGAAGCAGGGAUGAAGAGCGGAAUGGAUAUGGUAGAGAAAACAAUUAUAGGGAUGAUGACCGAUAUGGUAGAUAUGGCCGAGAUGGAAACAGAGAUGAAGAACGCUAUGGUCGCGAUGGAUACAGGGAUGACGAUUACAGAGGAAGAAGUCGUAGCAAUGACGGCUAUGGUUCGAGAGGCAGGAGUUCUGAUAGAGAUAGAAGUCAUGGUUAUGAUGACGAUGGCCAAUACUCAUCUCGUGGUGGUGCCAGAGGUGAUGAUCAAUCUCAGGACGGGAGGCCCCUCGAGAGAAAGUUCUCCGAGCAAAAUAUUGGUGCACCCCCUAGUUAUGAAGAAGCUGUGAAUGAUGCCCGUAGCCCUACACACAGUGAAAAGAAUGGAGAAACUUCAGCACCAUCUGGCCCCGCAGCUUCCUCGCCUUCGGCCCCUCAAUCUUCUUCUCCACCUGCUCCUCAAGCUUCUCAAUCUGCAAGCAGUAGUGCCAUCCAAGAACCCACUGGUGUCGGCUCGUCUGUGUCUCCAGCCAAUCAGGAAGUGGUGGUAGACGAGUUUGAUCCACGUGGUUCUUUUGCAGCAUUUCCAACUGCUGGAGCAGCUCCAGCUGCCUCAACUGCUCCUACAACCGUAAAUAAUGCUGAAAUGGAUUUGCUUGGUUCUCUCUCAGAAUCAUUUGGUCCAUUAGCAAUUGUUCCAGCUUCUUCUCCUACUACUACUGCGUCUGAAGCUGAUAUUCAGCCAAGUUUCUCAGGACCCUCAUUUACUUCAGCACAGCCAACAGCUUCUUUUGCUAAUCAAGGGUUUGAAGAUCCAUUUGGGGAGACUCCCUUCAAGGCUGUUCCUUCUGCAGAUCUCAUCCCAGAACAACAAAAUCAACCUUCUGUUUCUGCUGCGCCAUUCCAGAAUUCUGUGAACCCAUAUGCUGAACUGCCACAUCCAUCUGUUUCCAACGCAGAAAUGGAGAAGAACUCGCCCUUUGGUGAUGCAGCCUCUAGCUUGACUUAUUCAGCACCCAAUUUUCAGCCUGCAUCAACUAACUCUCAGUUUUUGCCUCAAGAACUGUCCUCCUCAAGUCUAGAAACCGAUAUACUGGCUGAUAUCCUCCCACCUUCUGGUCCAUCCAUAGCCCCACCACAGGCUGGAUUUCCAGCUCAAACCGUGCAAACCUCAUUCGCUGGGAAUGGUUAUGGAAACUUCAAUUCGCAAACAGGACAAACAGUCCCAGCUGCUCCAAACAUGGCCCCUCCAAGUUCACAGUUUGGUGGCGGUCAUUUUCUGCCGCAGGGAGGUUCCAUGGGUCCCACUACACAGAACAUGGGACAGCCUACACAGUUCAACAAUGGGAACUUACUUCCACAGCCGGGGUACGGGGGACCACCUCAACAGAUGGCCGCUGGACCCUCUGGACAACUAAACAAUGGAAACAUGUUCCAUAACCCGAACACUACCAGCUCAAUGCCUUCACAAGUCCCUUCUUUUACUCCCUCUGCUCAUCAAAACACGGAUGGCUUAGGGGGUUUGUUUGGACAGGGAUCGAGUGCUCCCAUGCCUCCCCAGCCAGUUAGUCAGAUUUUGGCUUCUCAGCCCAGUCUCUCUUCUUCCACUGGGGCCCUUGUUCCUGUUCAGCAACCAUCCAAGGACAAAUUCGAAACCAAAUCCACAGUUUGGGCAGAUACACUCAGCAGAGGGCUAGUCAACUUGAACAUAUCAGGGUCCAAGACCAAUCCGUUGUCAAACAUUGGAAUAGAUUUCGACGCAAUUAAUCGCAAGGAGAAGAGAAUGGAGAAACAGCCAGCCACUACUGCAGUCACGUCUACUAUCACUAUGGGGAAAGCCAUGGGGUCUGGUUCUGGAGUCGGCCGAGCUGCGGCUACUGGUCUGAGGCCAGCCUCAAACCAGAUGAUGGCCCCCGGCAUGGGCAUGGGCAUGGGUAUGGCUGGUGGCCCUGGUCCGCGUAUGGGUAUGGUUGGCGGUCCAGGUUCGGGUAUUGUCAUGGGAGGCUACGGAGGGAUGCCUCAGCAGCCCAUGGGGAUGGGAAUGAACAUGGGGAUGAAUAUGGGAAUGGGAAUGGGAAUGGGAUUGGGGCAGGGUCCAGCUAUGCAGCAGCCUCAACGUGGACCACCGAUGAUGCCCGGUGGAUAUAACAAUAUGAUGGGUGCAGGUGGCUACCCUCAACAGCCCUACGGCGGAAGAGGCUACCAGUGA